GUUACUCACUCCGUCUCCAACUUUGAGAGGAAGUUACCACCUCUUCCCUAGACUCCGUACACACACGCACACAUGCUCAGGCAGGCACACACGCUCUUCAGGACUUGACCACAGCAGCAACAGGGAACCAACUAAACAGACAGGACUGCUUGUUUGUGAUGCCGUUUUUUUUCCAAAAUUUGGAGGGAAAGACGCCUCAGACUUGCAGUUAGCCUGAAGGUCUCUGUGUGAACUGAACAGUUUCAGAGGGACUUUUUUUGUCACCACACACCGGGUGGCCAAAUGAACUGUUUAGCCUGAGGACCAAAGAUUGCAGGCCCAGAUCCAACAGCAAGGGAGAAACGGAGAGUAAAGCUUGAUCAUUUCACAUCCAUUCUCUAACUUCUCGUUACACUAUGAGCUGGGACUGAGGACUUGCUUCAAAGUUUCAUUUUGUGGUUUUUCAGGUGUGAAGAAAGUAAAGUCAAAAUCACCAUGGAUGUCAAGAAAAAAGAAAUGGACCUCCUGAGCAACAGCAUAGCUGCAUAUGCACACAUCAAAGCAAACCCGGAGAGCUUUGGUCUUUAUUUUGUGCUUGGAGUGUGUUUCGGCCUGGUGCUGACACUCUGCCUCCUGGUCAUCCGCAUCUCCUGCAAGCCACGGACCAACAUUGCCCCCUCCACGCCUGAGAAAAAACAGUUAAAAGACAUCAGUGAGGAGGACGAGGAGAGUGAGGAUGAAGAAGAUGAUGAAGGGGAGGAUGUAGAAGCACCUAUCCCUUUGCCCAGCACUGAAAUCCCUGUUGGUAACCACACCAGCCUAGCAGAUGGGACACUGAGCGUGAACGUAUUUACCUCUGCUGAAGAGCUGGAGCGAGCACAGCGACUGGAGGAGAGGGAACGUAUCAUACGUGAGAUUUGGAGGAACGGCCAGCCUGAUAUCCUCGGGUCAGGAACAGGGACUAUUGGAAGAGUGCAUUACUACUAAGAUACAUGAGGCGACAAGGGAGCUCUGUGAAAGAGAAGCAGAGACCUGUUGGUGGGCCCAGAGUCCCUGAAGCCUUUAAGACUUGAAAGCCUGUGUCAGAGACAAUGCAACAUCACCUUAACAGGCAGACAGUGAUGUGCCACAUUUGAUAUACUUGGUUCUGACAGAGCUGAACUAUGUGAUAUUGCACUUCCUAUGUAGCAAUGUUUUUUUUUUGACUGACUACAUUCUAUUAAUCCACAAGGUGUCUUAAAGACUAAUGAAUCCAUAUGAAAACAAUGCAGUAUGAAUGUGGGAGCUGAUGGACACUUGAAGUAACUGGUCUAUUGAAAUGUAUGGCGCUUAAUGACAAAAAUGCACACUAGGUAUGUAGUGACUAAAAAAAUGAAAGUAUAAAUAAGGACAAUGUAUGUACUGUAUGUUGCAAUGAAGAUCAUUUGUGUGAAUGAGGACAUUUCUCCUUAUGAAUGGUGAGUUAAUGACGAAAAUACAAAACUACUCUUGAAAUGUCUCCAAGAAAACACCCUCAGGAGACCUCUCAAAGGAAAUUAGACUGUCUUAGCAAGAACAUAUCAAUCAAUUUAGACGGUCAGAUUACAGUGUAAAGACAAUUAAGUCUUAAUUUAUGAGUAGGCUAUAUUACACCAUGUCUGUGUUUUCAGGGAUAAUUCCACCAAAGGAAAUGACAAAAUUAAAGUAUUAAGCUGGAAUAAUUCACUGUUGUUUCUCUUCAUAAUGCUCAAAUGUCAGACAAAUAUUCAACUAAGCUCUUCUUCUCCGUACCUUCGGGCCAUGGAUUUAUAUCUAGAGUUUUUUGGGUUUUUUUUUGAAUGAGACAGCCUAAUUUUGCCAGCAUGAUUAAUGGAAAAGGUUAGCCUUUGUAAGUUGUUUUUCCUGCUCAGUGUCUCACGUAUGUGCCUUAGAAGGUUAAAUAAAUACAGUUUUAUAAUAAAAA